GGUGAGUGGACGAGAUGAAAAUUCCCUCUGGCAGAAGCUUAGGAUGCGUGCUAUAGCCAUGGUGGAGGGGCAGCCACGUGGUGCGUUUGUGGUAGGCGGUGGGCAGGUUCUGCAUCAGUCUCCUCAUGUGGCGAAGGCUCGCACUGCCAGCCCCACAACAUCACCUCUUACAUCAAUCGAUUGUGGCAAAGAGCCUUCCCGAUCGUUCAAUCGUGGAAGUUCCACCCCUUCACCUAUGUUGCCUCGCCCAGGGGUGAGAGACAGAGCGACACCGCAGUCAGAGAGCUCCAAUGUCCAUUCAAGUGUGCAGCACAGUCUGGGAUCCGACUACAUCAUCAACCGUCUUGUUAGUGACAUAGAAGCCGGGGUCUUUCCCACGGACGGUCCUGUGGAGGUUGGUGGUGGUGGGAGUCACAAUAUGACUGCAGCCGCACGCUUGUCCCCACGCCCCCCGACACCAGGCAGUGGCAACGUCAAUGUGGUGAUCCUGGUCGCCGUGGUGGGUGGUUCAUCGAACAGUCCGAGCAACAUCGCAGGAGGUGGUGGUUCAUCCGUUGGGGAGCGUGCAGAGCGAGGACGUCGAAGACCACCGAACACACCGAAGAACAUGGACAGGUGGGGGGAGGAGGAAACCACGGUGCUUUGCCAAGCACGCAAUGAGGCGAAGACGUUUCUUGGUGAGGAAACGGAGGCGAUGGGAAGGGGACGCGCAAAGGCCGGUUUUUGGAAGGUCGUUGAAGAUCGGAUGUGGGAAAGAGGUUACAAUCGCGAUCAUGAACAGUGCAAGGGGAAGUUUAGUCAAGUGCUGGACUUCUACCAGUGUCUUAAGAUCCAGGAAGGGUGGUCGGGCCUCCCAAGCUACUGGGAUAUGAACCAGAUGAAGAGAAAGAGGUACAAUUUUGAUUUUGUCAUCAGGCGUGCCUGGUUCGAUACAAUCAACGUUGUGGAGAAGGACAAUGACUCCAUAAACUUGUCUCAUUUGAGGGACUCCGGUGCCAAACAUGAAUGGCGAGAAGAGGGCAACCACGGGGCUGGCGGGGCAAUGAGACGGAGGAUGUUAGCGAGGACGUGGGUGGAGGAUCCCAAAGUGGCACCCUAGCCUCUCGGUCGACUGCAUUCAAAGCCACCCUUGGGAAACGCAAGCGGGCAAAUUUGAACG